UGGGCAAUAAUUUCUGUGAUUAGAGGACUGAUUACUAGCAUCUUUAUUGGCUUAAUUUAUAGUGUCAUUGUGUUGAAACUGAACCUCACAACUGGUUUAGUCCCUAAUCUCAAUGUUUCAGUUGCACUUCUUGGUUUUGUGUUCAUUAAACUUUGGACUAAGAUUCUUGAGAAAGCAAAUAUUGUUUCAAAACCUUUCACUAGACAGGAGAAUACCAUUAUUCAGACUUGUGCUGUUGCAUGCUACAGUGCUUCUUAUGGAGGUGGUUUUGGGUCUUACCUUUUGGGUUUGAAUCGGAAGACAUAUGAGCGAGUCGGAGGGGCUAGUACACCAGGGAAUACUCCUGACACCAAGGAGCCUGGAAUUGGCUGGAUGACUGGCUUUCUCUUUGUUACUUACUUUGUUGGGCUAACAGCAUUAAUUCCUUUUCGAAAGAUGAUGAUAAUAGAUGCUAAAUUACCUUAUCCAACUGGAACUGCAACGGGUGUUCUUAUUAAUGGAUUCCAUACUCCUAAAGGAAAUGUCAUGGCCAAGAAGCAGGUUAAGGGUUUCAUGCGGUUCUUCUCAUUCAGUUUGCUUUGGUCAUUCUUCCAAUGGUUCUAUGCUGGUGGAGACCGAUGCGGAUUCGCUCAGUUUCCUACUUUUGGGUUGAAAGCAUGGAAAAACACAUUUUACUUUGAUUUCAGCAUGACUUAUGUUGGAACAGGAAUGAUUUGUUCACAUCUUAUCAAUUUAUCAUUGCUUUUUGGAGCUGUAGUUUCAUGGGGCAUUAUGUGGCCACUGAUCAGAGUUCUAAAAGGAAAUUGGUUCCCUGAAAGUUUACCAGAAAGUAGCAUGAAGAGUCUUAAUGGUUAUAAGGUUUUUAUUUCCAUUGCAUUAAUCCUUGGUGACGGACUCUACAAUUUUAUCAAAGUUAUAUAUUUUAGUGCCUUAAAUUUUCAAGCCUGCAUGAAAAGGAGGAGUCGCAGAACAGGUAAAUAAAUGGCCUUUUAUCACUUUUUGUUGUUUGUGGGUUUACGUAAUUUUCAAGUUUUGGCAGUGUUGUCACGUAUAGGCCAUGGCGGAUUGUGGUGACAGACUUUUUCACAACUGUUGUGGCCAGUUCGUGAAGGAUGGUGGCAUUAUGGUGU